ACCACCCCCCUUCAUCUGGCCUCUCGUUACGGACAUGCUGAUGUUGUGAAAUGUUUACUGGAACACAACGCUAAUGUGUCACAACGAGACACGGAUGGAAACAAUUGUCUUGAUCUGGCUAUUGACAACAAUAAACCUGAUGUUGCAUCGGUCAUCAUAAACAGUGACAAAUGGGAGGAAGCCAUGAGGAACGAGACCCCAGACAUAGCAACAGGGCUACGUACCACACCAAUGAGAAAACUCAUAAAGAAAAUGCCAGAAAUAGCAGAGGAGGCGUUUCUUCGCUGUAUGACGACAAACAAUAGGAACCCAGAGCACCCUGACUACAAGUGUACAUUUAACUAUGAGUUCCUGGAUGAUACGUACUCCAACUGGACAGAGGGAGGAACUAGUGAAGGGUCUGGGUCAGGGAGUGUUUACAAUGAGGACUUCACACUCAAUGUGUCGGCCCGACCAUACACGUCCGACUCCAGCGAAUUAAAGAACAACCAUCCACUCAUUAUAAUGGUGGAUUCUAAGCGCGAGGACCUACUGGCUCAUCCCUUGGUGAAUGCUUUACUUCGACACAAGUGGAACAGCUUUGGGCGGACGUUCUACUACAUCAACUUUCUCAUCUAUGCCAUCUUUCUGGUAUUUCUCACGGGCUACGUCGUCCAGACAGAUCCUCCAUUUGAAGUAUAUGAGCAAUUAAAGAGAAAUGACUCGAGCAUUUCAUCAAGUACCCCAGAAAAGACUGCCUGUGCAAAAGCUCUAACUCUCCAUGACCCCAGCAAAGAUAUGUUUGACCAGCCACUCUUCGCUACGAUCGGGAAAUACGUCAUUAUGGGUCUGGCAGCAUGGAACUUACUCAGAGAGCUGUUACAGAUCUAUCAGGCCAAGCUACAGUACCUGGGCUUUGAGAACUUGAUAGAGUGGGUGACCUAUGUGUGUGCCCUACUCCUCGUUAUCGACUUUGAGAGUUGUCAGAAGUCCACGGGAUUCAGAUUUACAUGGCAGUGGUCGGUAGGAGCUGUAGCAAUCUUCCUCUGUUGGAUUAACCUGGUUCUCUUCCUCCAGAAGUUCCCGCGAUUCGGAAUCUACGUGGUCAUGUUUAAGGACAUCCUCAACACCUUCAUGCAGUUCGCUCUUGUCUUCUUUCUGUUCAUUGUUGCCUUUGGUUUAGGAUUCUACUGUCUACUGCAAAGCCAGGAUGCCUUUGCGACGGUGUGGGAGUCGCUAAUAAAGACGACUGUGAUGAUGAUAGGAGAGUUUGAGUACGAGGAAAUCUUCUACGGUGCUCAGCUGGACUACUACCCAGAAAUCACCUACGUCAUGUUCGUCGUCUUCAUGAUCAUCAUGUCCAUCAUCAUCAUGAACUUACUGGUUGGUUUGGCUGUAGACGACAUUAAAGCUGUACAGGAGCAGGCCGCUCUCAAGAGAAUGGCUAUGCAGGUUGAUUUAGCUUUGGAUGUUGAGAGAGUGGUACCAGAAUUUAUAAGGCGGCGAUUUGUGGCAAAAUGUGACACGUACAGACCCAACAGGAAGACGUUGAACCCCCUGAAGCUUCUGGCUCGAGCUGAAGCUGGAGAUCUGUCAUCACAGGCAAUCUCUAAAGCCCUGGAUCCAGAUCUGGAUGAGAUAGAGAAAGUCAUGGAGACACAAGAGAAGCUACAGAAGGACAUCUCAAAACUGAAGGGCGGGGUGAAGAACAUCCGAGAACAGAACGCGCGUCUGGAGGGGAUGCUGCGAGUCCUGCUGGAGCAGUCCGGUGUCACGGACUUCAAUGAGGAGGACUUCCAGGACCGGGACUAAGGGGGGACCAUCUCAAAGGGGGCAAAAACCUUACAUAGGAGCUCUUAAGGGGGCAUCUCCAAAUCUAUCUAUUGUCCUAGUUUUUUUCUUAUUGUACUUUAAUGUUUGUGUUAUUAUUGUGAUUCUAAAGCUAUAUCUAACUUUGAUAUUUACCACCCAUAGGUGUCUAAUCUAUGGGAAACAUAACUCUGUUGUAAGAGAGGCUAUCCAGAGUUGCAUUCCUUUCUCUUUGUGUCAGUGUAGCUUUACUCUUGCUUUAUGAAUCAGAUUUGAGUUUUCAGGGAGGAGUGAAAACAAUGCAAUAUUUGA